AACAAAAAAUACAUAAUCAUAUGUUUGUCCUACUAUAAAUAAUAAAUCAACACGUCUUCCUAGCCAGUUAUUUUAGUGAUUUCUUUCGUAUCUACACAUAAAAAGCUAUACAUACGUGAAGUGCACUUGACGAGGUUACUGAAUAAUGGGCCUUGAGUUACAAUUCUCGAUUAUCAACUUACUUAUCUUACUUAUCACAUUUUGGACAACUCUCUACUUGUACUUCACUCGCAAAUUCAACCACUGGAAGAGCAAAAAUGUGCCCCAAGUGGCCCCAAUUCCAUUUUUCGGAAACGCUUUCGAGGUGUUCACUUGGCGAAAAAACAUCGGGGAAUUCGCCCGCCAAAUCUACAACAGUACAACCAAACCAUUCAUCGGUUUCUUCAUCUGUGACGAACCCUACUUGUUAAUCCGCGACCCGGAACUGGUCAAAUCAAUCCUCGUCAAAGAUUUCGCAGUUUUCAGCAACCGGAGCAUUUCCGAAAACAAGGAAAAUGACCCGAUGGGGUCCCACUUGCUUUUCCUUUUGAAAACUCCGGACUGGAGAGACAUGCGCCGGAAAAUAACUCCGGUUUUCACUUCCGGGAAAAUGAAAAAUAUGUAUAGUCUGAUUAGCGAAGCUGGGAACGACAUGAUCCAGCACAUGAGGAAAGAAGUGAGUAAAAGUGAUCAACUGGAGAUGAGAGAAGUGGCCGCGCGAUAUACAACAGAUGCGAUAACAUCGACUUCGUUUGGAAUCAACGCGAAUUGCUUCAAAAAUGAAAAAGCCGAGUUUAGAGAGGUGUCCAGGCGAGUGUUUAAUUGGGCAAUUUGGGAGCGUUCUAUUUCCACCACUUGCUAUUUUAUCGCGCCUAAUUUAGUAAAAUUGUUUAAAUUGAAAUUUAUUGAUUCGGCUUCGGCGACUUUUCUGCGAGAGGCCUUCUGGAGAACUAUGACCGAUCGAGAAGAGAAAAAGUUUGUGCGAAACGAUUUAUUGGAUAUUUUGAUCGAUAUUAAGAAGCAGGAGGAUAUUAAUGACCCCUACAAGUUGGAUGGUGAUAAAUUGGUGGCUCAAGCAACUCAGUUCUUUGUGGCUGGUUUUGAAACCACGAGUUCCACAAUUUGCUUCACUUUGUACGAAUUGGCGAUUAAUAAAGAUUUGCAAAAUAAAUUGAAAAGUGAAAUUAGAGACGUUGUGCGUAAACAUGGAGAAAUCUCGUACAAUUCCUUGAAGGAUAUGGAGUAUUUAGACAUGUGUAUUAAAGAAACCCUGCGAAAAUAUCCCGUGUUGCCCUUCCUAGAUCGAAAAUGUGACACAGAUUAUCGCAUCCCAGGAUCAGACGUAGUCCUGGAAAAAGGAUCACCUGUGUUUAUAUCAGUCUCUGGACUGCACUACGAUCCACAGUAUUUUCCAGAUCCUGAUAAAUACGAUCCUUUGAGAUUUACUGAGGAAAACAUUAAAUCAAGACCACAGUUUACGUAUUUGCCUUUUGGUGAAGGACCUCGCAAUUGCAUUGGUGCACGGUUCGGUAGCGUGAGUUCCAAAUCCGGAGUUGCUAAAAUAAUAUCAGAGUUUGAAGUGGAUUUGUGUGAGAAAACGCAACACCCGAUUCAAAUCGAUCCCAAAGGGUUUUUGAUGGCACCAGUUUCUGAUCUUGUACUUAAAUUUAAGAGAUUGGAUGACUAAAUAAAUAAGUGUGUAACAAUUCA